CUUAACUCAGCGUUCCAACCUUAUCCGAUUCUCCCACCACCACAGUCACCGCGCCCGCCACUCACCAUGCCCUCAUCCCAUCAUCCACUACAAAUCCUAACCCUAUCCCCACCUCCAACUCCAAUCCCAACUUCUGACCCAAAAGCAUGGCCGCCGAUGAACCGUUGGAGCGCGAUCCCGCGACACCGGCGUCAGUGGCGGGUCUUAGCAAGCCUGCCCCGGGCUCAACAUGGUCAGAUCUAGAAACUACCCACCUGAUUGAUGCUUACGAGGAGAAAUGGAACUCUUCCAAGCGCGGCCCGCUGAGGGCACAGCAGUGGGAGGACGUCGCCGUUGAAGUCGCAGGCCGCUGCGGUCUCACUCGCCCCUCUAAGAGCGGCACGCAGUGCCGCCACAAGAUCGAGAAACUCCGCAAGCGCUACCGCUCCGAGCGCCUCCGCCCUGUACGUUCCUUGUGGCCUUUCUUCGAGCGCAUCGACAGAAUGGAGCGUGGUCCUUUACCCAUAUCCGCUCGCCUACCACCGCCGGCACCCGCUUCGUCUUCCUCCUGCUCCGACUUCAAGCCUCACCUCAGCAACAAGCGAAGUGUCAACGGGAUCCUCGGGGAAGCGGGACUGCGGGAGAGCGCUAGGGUUUCGAGAAACGUGAGGCCGCGGAAGAGACGGGUUGAGGAGGAAGAUGAGGAAGACGACGAUGAAGAAAAUGAAGAGGAGGCUGAUGAAGGGAGAGAUGCGGGGCUGGGAGGGCUUACUGAACUGGCAGCAGAGUUAAGGAGAUUUGGGGAGGGUUAUGUAAGGAUGGAGAGGAAGAGAAUAGAGAUGAUGAGGGAGAAGGAGCGAGAGUGGAUGGAGAUGGAGUCGAGGAGAUUGGAGAUGGUAAUGGAAGCGCAGCGAGGCCUAGUAGAGACCAUUGCGGGAGCAUUCUGGAAAAAGGCGAAGAACUCGGACGAUUUAUGAGGAUAACUGGACACUUCAGCCUUUCCGCUCGCGCCAAUCAAAGUCUUGAUGUCUUCGUUUAUCAUUCAGGUAUUUGAGGAAGAAUUUAUUUGUUAUUCACGCCAUGUUCUUAUUUUAUUUCUGGUUUUCUAUUCGGUUGUCUGUGUUUCACCAUGUAUUGAGAAACUCCUGGACUUUGAAAUGUGCUAUGUUAUGUAUGAUGGCCUUUAAAUGAUAAUGGUUAUCUAAUCAGCUAGUUUUUAUGUUA